CACACACACAGCUGAAUUGAAUUGUCCGCUGUGAGGUUGGAGGUUUGGGGACUCUGUGCCCGCUAAGCUACUUUCUAUUUCAAGUGCCUGUAUGUCUGAGGCUGGGUUUGAAGCCUCCAGCGUGUUUGGAGUUAAUCCCCAUUAGGUUGGACUCCGCCCCUUUCUCCCAAAGGUAAAGCAAGGUUUUCAGGCAUCACUGCAAAGGGCAGCUAGUAUUCCCAUCCUUGUUUAACAAGCUGUGAGGAGAAGUUGUUUCUGAGAUCUGAGCCUGAAGAGAGGGAACAAGUCAGUCAGCCUUCGUGCUCAGAAGCCUAAAGACCAUAGAACUCUAAAUCAGGCAGAAGGAAGGGAAGGUGGGAAAAGUACUGAAAAGCAAAAUCCCACAGGGAUCCAAAUGGUCCUCGAGAGAAUAGUCUUAUCCAGAAGCAAUGAACAAGUGGCACAUAAUUGAGCCCCAGGACUGGCCAACCAGAUGAAAAACAGGCCAGUGGAGCCUACAUGGUAACUUACUGCAUUUGGUGCUGUGAUCCAACUCAUCUCCCCAUCCCUGCAGAGAAACCUGUGACCAUGAGGAGCAGCCUGACCAUGGUGGGAACCCUCUGGGCCUUCCUGUCCCUUGUUACUGCCGUGACCAGUUCUACCAGUUACUUCCUACCUUACUGGCUCUUUGGAUCCCAGCUGGGGAAGCCAGUGUCAUUCAGUACAUUCCGGAGGUGCAACUACCCUGUGCGGGGAGAGGGACACAGUCUGAUCAUGGUGGAAGAAUGUGGGCGCUAUGCCAGCUUCAAUGCCAUCCCAAGCCUGGCCUGGCAGAUGUGCACGGUGGUGACAGGUGCCGGCUGUGCUCUGCUACUCCUGGUGGCACUAGCUGCUGUCCUGGGUUGCUGCAUGGAGGAGCUCAUCUCCAGAAUGAUGGGACGUUGCAUGGGAGCAGCGCAAUUUGUUGGAGGGCUGCUGAUAAGCUCAGGCUGUGCCUUAUACCCUUUAGGAUGGAAUAGCCCGGAGAUAAUGCAAACAUGUGGGAAUGUCUCCAAUCAAUUUCAGUUAGGUACGUGUCGGCUUGGCUGGGCCUAUUACUGUGCUGGAGGUGGAGCAGCUGCAGCCAUGUUGAUCUGCACCUGGCUCUCUUGCUUUGCUGGAAGAAACCCCAAGCCUGUCAUAUUGGUGGAGAGCAUCAUGAGGAAUACCAAUUCUUAUGCUAUGGAGCUUAACCAUUGCCUCAAACCUUGAGCUUUGAAAGAAGAUUGGAGAGGGUGGGAAAUGGGAGGAGAGAGCCCUGAAAAGAGGUACUAAGGAUUAGGCCAUUUGUCAUCUAACUGUCAUUAGUGUAGCCUAGUGUUUGCAUGUUUUUUAAACUAAUUGUCAUUCAUUUUCACUUAUCUUUUAGCCAGUAGGUCACUGGCUGUUUAUAAAAUUCAUCUAGAGGAAACAUUCUCAGACAUUCACCCAACUGGCAAGUACCUGCUAACCCGAAGACCCAAAGUACUCCUUUAUGCAAAACAGGAUCCAAAGCUAAGGCUGGGUAAGAAUAGCUGUGCAGGGAGGGAGCACAGAAUGGGCAGGGCUGGUUCCUACCACUCCAUUCACACAGUUCAUUCCCAAGUAUUUAUUGCCACCCCCAAACAUCUCUGGAGUACUACUGCUCAAUUUUUGUGUCAUUAUCAGGAGAAUACCUUGACUCUUCCUUUUUUUCUUUCCUGCUUUUCUUUUUCCCCCUGGUUGUGGGGAAGCUUCGGGAGAGGGGGGAGGGUGACUCACAGUGAGGAAAACGUUAGUCAAGGAUACUUGCAUUUAGUCUGGAGCCCCUUCCUCAUUAUGCUUUAGAAUAUUCAUAGGCAUUCAUUUUGUGUUCUGACUGGGUGAUGAGCAAAAAAAUAUAUAGUAGCAAAUAUUCCCUAAUCUUUUAGAGAUACAGAAAUGGCAUUCAUCAAAUGUACUGAGAAUAGACUAGCAUUUGUGGGGCACUCAAUCAAUUUAAAUUCAUGGUGACAGUGACAAGGAUGUUUCUGUUAGAUACUUAUUGAAAUUUCUAUCAGAGAUCAUUUUUAUUGACUAGGAAAUCCACGGUGGCCUUUUACCCCCAAUAGUCACUCCUAAUGUGACAUAAGUUCAUCUGCCUGUUUCAAAGACUGUUCGUCAAAUGAUCUCUCCUUCAUCUGGGGCGAGUUAGCCACAAAAGAACACAGCACUGAUGUCACCUAGGGCUGAUGUAUUUUUAGGCCUGGACUCCAUCCCAUCUGUGCUCAAGGUUGACGGAUGGUGUAGAAGAACUUGGUGUCUCCUGGGGGCAGAGUUUGUCUCGCUCCUCCCCCCCCCCCAACCCCAGUUAAUUCAGGUCAGCUCUAUUGUUCCAUAACUACAGCUUUAGGGAAUGGGGAGGGCCUGUGAUUCAAAAGGCCAGCUCAUCUGUUUCUAUUCUUAAUAAUUCCAGCAUGUUUUUGGUACAGCCCUACCUAGAGGGAUAGAAAUAGAAAAAAACUGGCUUCAUAAGUUACAUUCCAUCUCAUGAGAGGUCAGAAUUCUUCCAUUGGCUUUACAUGGGUAAGUGAAUUUAAAUGCUUCCCCCAUCUAUAGUUGAUUCAUUACUGAGUCACUCAUUCAGAAAACAUUUCUUGAGUAUCUUACUGUGUGACACAUUCUGUGCUAAGUUCUGGGGAUAAAAGGACAAAGACAGUUUCUCACCUUAAAAGGGAUAGUGGUGAGGUAUUGAGAGACAUGUCGACAAGUACUUGUCAGUGUGUUAAGUGCUAGAAAAGUGAAGAAGAACAGCUAAAUGAUCACAGAGAAGUCAUUAAACCAACCUGGCAUGAAGGGGUUCAUGGGAAAGCAUCCUAGCAAAGAAGAUACCUAAGAUGGGUCCGAAAGAUGAAUAGCAGGAGCUUUGUCAGCAAAGGCAAAGAGUGCACAAGACAAGCAAUGAUGGCAGCCAAGUAAUGGAGACAGCAUUAGAAUGACAGAUGGGUGUAAAAAGAGGUGGCAAAAGCUGAAGUUGAAAAGGGAAGCAGUAGCCAGAUUCCGUGGGACCUUUUACUCCAUAAUAAGGCAUUUGAAUUUUCUCCUGAAGAAGGGUCAUUGAAAGGGAAGUGACAUGAACAAACUUGUAGCUUUCAAAGAUAAGUUUGGCUAAAGUGAGGAGAAUGAAAGAAAAGAAGAGGAGAACUAGAGAUAUUUCAAUAAUCUAAGUAUAAAACAAUCAAGGCCUGGAGGAAGGUAGUGACUGUGAGGCCGGAGAAGACGGAUGAAUUUGAAAGAAGAUAUUUAGGAAGUACAUUGUCUAAUGGAUAUGUGUAGGUAUUGGCAAGUGAAAAUUUUGGGAUGACCACUCUGGUAUGUGAGCGACUCCUAUCAUCAAGAUGGCAAAUGCAAGAUGAAUAACAGGUGGUAGGGAACUGGUGAUUGAAUUCAUUUCAAGUAUUAUCUCCCUCAUGGAACUGCAUUAAGUGUUUAAGGUAAGGCCAACUUGAACAUACCUCACUGGGAAGGAAGCAAUGUAAUGUGUUUGCAGCACCUCUUUUCUUUAAGAAAGAUGACUAAGAACAGCUAAAACAAAAAUGCAACUAGCUUAAACCUCAAUUUUAUUGUGUCGGCACAAUAAUGUAACUUUAAUUUAGGAAGGCCCACGGUAUAGAGAAUAUGUCAAAUAUUUGAGAAAAGGCAGAUAGCUCACUUCAGAAAAGAUAGUUGGAUCAGGCGAUCUCUCUUCUCGGGCUAGGCAACCUUCUGGAUUUCUGUAGGAUAGACUUUGUCAAAGUGAGUGUAUAAGUCAGAAUCCUGCCAAGAAACAGACGGUAUACUCAAGGAGUUUAGCGGAGAUGAGCUCAGUGAAAGGACAAUUUAUGAUGGUGUGUGCAGGGUUAAGGGAACUUACCACUGAUGGUGAGGCAUAGAAAGAGUAUGAACAGUGAGGGGCUAUUAUGAUGACUACUCCUAACACUGAAAAGACAAAGGGAAAAAACAGUGUCAUUGGCAUCCAGUAAGUACUGCACAUGUACAAGAGGGAUUGCCUUACAGGAGCUGUUGCUUCAGGUAGCACAAUGUAGUCUCUGCCCAAAUGCAGUAAGGAGGGAGAGAGGGGAAUGAACACCCAUACCUCACUCUCUUUCCACUCUUUGAUCUCCUGCCAGUGCCCAUCAUUAGCCAGAUCCAGCCAUACAGCAGCUGGAAAAGAAGCCUGUUGCUAUAGUCAGUUGAGGUCAGACUCCUUUGGCACAGAGCAUGGCAGGGAAGGGUGGAGAAUGAAGCUUCGGGGUAUGAGGGGCCGAUGGAAAAUAACAUUUCAGUGAGUGCUCUUAGCCACCAGACAAUGCCAUUGCCUUAUGCACUGCUUCCCAGGAAGUAUAUGCUUUGCUUUCCUCCAUGGCCCAGAUACCUAAACACACUGUGAAGUAAUUGGACCCUGGAAAGGAGACUGAAGAGGAAGGGGGUCAUUUGAAAUAACACUUUAAAUAACUAUCACCUUGCAGGAGUUAGUUGCAGGUUGAAUUAAGUUGGAAUGUUUUCUCCUGUUUUCCAAUGAAAGGAAAAUGGAUUUAAAAGAGAUUAUUUUUUUUCUGUGAAGAAACCAGGCCUGCAGGGGCUUAUAUUCAAAGACGGAUCUAGCCCCAUGUUCAAUUCAAAUUUAAAUUCCUCCUUGCCUGUGUCUGGUUUCUUUCCUGCCAGGCCUUGUUUUUACAUAGAUGUCUGACAAGACUAGGUUCUUUUCCCCAUGGCCUGGAGAAAACUUUUAGAAGCAAAAUCUGUGUCUUGGGCUGCUAUUGUACAGAAAGGAAGGAGAGCCCAUGGGUCAGGUGGAGACUGAAUGAGUGAGGUAAGAACCUAAAAGACUCUGCGGUUUGUCCCAUGCCUGGCUGGCUGUCAUGUUCCUUGCCUGGGCAUGCAGGCUGAGUGCCUAACUAUGGGCCCAUUCUGACCCUGGAACCACUUAGAUCUUGGGGAGGGGGAGAGAGGUGGGAAGUGAUUCUUCUGGACUAACUCACAGUCCAUUUAGUAUUUCAUAAGAGCCCAUUUUGCAAGAUACUCGUUUCAGAAAAUAAUGUCAGAUGGGCAGCAACUACCCAGUUGGCAUGCUUUUGUGUCUAGAGGAUUGAAAUUUCUACACCUGGGCUAGCAAGUGUUAAGUCACUGGGGUGUGUCUUCAGUGGUGCUGUCUCUCUAAUGUCACACCUCAUUACCUCUGCUCUCAGAGGAGAAGCUGCUUUCAUUCACUUACAGCUGCUAGUGACUUCCAGGCAGUGGGUUCUGCCUUGCAGGAGCGUGUGACCUGAGCCAAGAUGGAAAUGUUCUGGUCUCUGGGAAAGGAGUUCUGGCUUAUGUAAGAGUAGAUGGCAAUAUUAAGUCUUGGCUGGAUGAGAGAAAACCCCAUGAGGAUGAGGGAAUGAGGAAGCUUCUGGGAAGCAGAGGCUUUAUAAAUUUGUCACAUAAAUUGUGCCAAGGAAAGGUCUAGCUCCUUCAAUAUGUGAUGGGGACACUUUCUUCAGAGUCUGGCAUUCGCUUUCUGUAGAAAUAUUCAUAUUAAUUUAAAGUAGUUUCAAGAUUGUAUUUGGUCCCAAGGAAGCCUGGUGAUGGGAAAAAUGGAACUUUCAAGAAAACUAAUACUCAAUAUAUUUUGUAAAGGAUGGAAGGCAUCCUACUUGAUGGCUUGAGGGGAAAGGUGUGCUAUUUCUAGAACUCACAAUCAAUCUCUGGCCAUACACAGUAAAGCUUUCUUAGUAGACAGCAGGCAGAGCCCCUCCAAAGAGUCAUAGCCACCUUCUGUUCUUGGUUAAAGAGCAUUUUCUGAGCUGGAGUGGGGCUGGAGUUGAAAGAUAUUUAUUACUGGCCUCUCUCUCAGAUGUAGAGAAAUGCAUUUUAAGCUUCAUUUUUUUCAUCUGCUUCUGAGAUUUGGCUCUCCCAGGGUUGAUCUCUUCUCUAAACUCAUCAAAACCCCACUGAGUCCUCAAAGCUAACAGCAAAUAAACAGUUGCUAUGUGUGCACACAAAUAAUUUAGAUUUUCAUUAUACAGAGCUGCUGAUACAUUAGGAGGCAGAAGUAGGGGGAGACAAAAUGCUAGGUUUUGAAUAUGGCAACGCCGUAUUCUCCUUCCUUCCCCUCCAGAAAUGAGGCCCAGAAAAUAGUACUUGGGAGUCAGGGGGUGGUGGGGUUGGGGGGCAUCAGGGCCAGCCAGCAUCCACAUUGGCAAGACCCUGAUGUUGGCUCCCUUUCAUGUAGUAUCUCUGCUACAUGAAAGAGACAUUAGAAGAGGUGGUAGAAACUAUAGAUGAGAAUCAAAGCUGGUAGAAAGUUCAAGAGAGAAAAAGGGUAAAUAAAGCGGUAAAUACCAGAACCAUUCCAGAGAAAGUGUCUCCUCCCACUGUAGCUUACUAGAAUUUCAUUUGGGGCAAUUUGACUUUCUUUCCAAGAUAUCUCAGUAUCUUCUGCACUAAAACAUUGUCCUCCUAGGCAACACGGUAAAGUGAAGUCGGUCCAGGCUUUGGAGUCAGACAAAUCAAGGUUUGAAUUGCAGCUCAAACAUUUAUUAGCUGUGUGUCCUUGGGCAAGGCAGUUAACUGAGCUUACUAACAUUCUAAGUUAACACUGGCUAUUGGCUCCACAAUUCUCAGCAACUAUAGAAGGAGUUAAUCAUUCGGUGGCCCCAUUCAUUUUAAUUUGCAUUGAUUAUUCUAACACAGUGAUUUUUAAUCCUGGUGGACGUUAGAAUCUGCUGGGAAGCUUUUACAAAAUUUGAUGCUUUUGUUCGUCCCAGUUCAACUGAGUCAGAAUCUGUAGAUGCCACUACACCAUACCACCCUCUCUUUAUUUUUGCCAUCAUCUACUGACCUCCUAGUCAUCCCUCAUUCAUAAGGACUUUAGCACCUGGCUCAGUCUCUUCUCUAUUUUUAAAUCUUUCGUCCUUUUAGAAAUUCCAACAUCAUGUGAACCAAUCUUCCAAUUUACUGGCCUCUAAACACUUUGACUUCUUUACCUCCAAUAAUAUAUUUUUUCUGCCCAACCUUUUUAGCUCCCACUCUUGACAUCAACAAUAAACACACAAUCACUAAAGUCCUGAUGUCAAAUCUCCCAUUCCUGACCAACGCUUCUUAUUCUUUCAUCUCAUGUUUCUUAACAUCCCCACUCUACCAACUAUUUGACCCCAUCCUAGUUACACAACUAGAGUCCCUAGUUUAUCAUAGUAAUCACCCCUUGCAUAAAUGUUCCACUCUUUUCCCCUCUUUAAUUCAGCCAUAUAUUUAUUAAAAAAAAAAAAAAACCCUAACCCUGGUUAAAUGUAAUAAUUUCCCUGCUCAAUGCUUACACCAAGUUCUCAACUAUUUAGAGAGAAAAACUAGCUACCCUUGCACCUUUUCCUUGUCUAUACUCACCCCCUUGGUGAGUUCAUUCAAUCUCACGGCUUUACAUGUUAUCUAUACCCUUGCUACACAAAGGGUGGGCUAUGGUCCAAAAGCAUCAGUAUCACAUUGGGAAUGUAUUAGAAAUGUAAAAUCUUGGCUCCACUCCAGACCUACUGAAUCAGAAUCUGCAUUUUUAACAAGAUCCCUAAGUGAUUCAUUUGCAUUAAAGUUUGAGAGGCACUGGUCUAUACCAAUGGUUAUCAUCUUUGAUUGCAAACCAGAAUCAGCUAUGAUUUGCUAGUGCCAAUAUCUACUUUCAGAAACUCUAAUUUAAUUGGUCUAGGGUAGGGUUUGGAUAUAUAUAAAUUUUGUAAGCCAUCAUGUGAUUUCAAUCUUCAGCCUAGAUUGACAACCACUGACUUAAGUACUGAUGACUCCCAAGUUAAUAUCUCUAGGCCAAACGUCUCUGAACUUCAGGCUCAAAUGUUCAACUACUUAUUCCAAGUCUCUACUUGGAUAUCUAGUAGACUUGACAGAGUGUACAUAUCCAUAACCAAGAUCCAAAUCUUCCGAUCCUAAACCCAUUCCUUGUAAUCAUCCCCAUCUUACUAACUAAAGGGCACUAUACUUACUGGGUUUUCCCUUCUACCUCCUUGGGUGGCCCUUCUCAUCCUUUUUUUUGGAUCAUCUGCCUAUGUUCAACCUCCCAGUGUUGAAAUGAUCCAGGGUACAUAGCUCCUCUCGAUAUCUAGAAUCUCCCCAGGUGAUCUCAUUUACAUGCUGAUGAUACUCUGAUUUAAACAUAGUCAUGUUGCUCACAAUUAACCUGUGCAACAGGAAAUUAUUAGUUUUCUCCUCCAACCCCAUCAGCACUUCUGCCAAAACCUCGGAAUAAUCUCUGAUGUUUUUCCUUCCCUGGGCUGCUACCUCCAAUCCAUGUGCAAAUCUUAACAAGUCUACUUCCAAAAUAUAUUCGUUAUCUACACACUUCUCUUAUCUCUACUAUUACAACCCUAAGACAUUAAUGACAAAAAAGUUUUAGCAAACUGAGACUAAAAAGGAAUAUUCUACUAUGGUAACAGGUAUCUAAUAAGCCUCUAGCAAACAUUGUACUAAAAAAAAAAAUUAGGAACAUUCUAGUUUAAAACAGAAAAAAAGGACAAAGAUAUUUCAGCUCACAAUUGCAACAAAAAAUAUAGGGUAACUAAGACUAAAUCUUACAAAAGAUGCAGAAAAAUUAUAAAGCAACAUGGGAAAAGACAAAAAGGAUUCAUAAAUAGGUUUCAUGAAUGGAAAGACUUGAGAUGUUUUUUAAAGCAUGUCAGGUUUUUUUCAAAAUGAAUUUAUAAAUUCAACACCAUUCCAAUAAAUAUUCUGUCUUUUUUUAGUGUAAGUUUACAUGCUCAUCUUCACAUUUGUGUUCAGAUAUAAAGACUUAAAGUUAUAAUCAUUAACAAGUGUGGUAGUGACACAGAGAUGAACAAAUGGAUAAAUGGAACAGAAUAGAGGAUAAGAAACAGAUUCAUGAUUAUAAGGAAACUAGAUAGAUACGAUAGAAAUAGCAUUAUUAACCAAUGAGGGAAGGAUAGACAAAUCCAACAAACGAUAACAUUUGGGAAAUGAAAUUAUAUCCCUAAAACACUCCAUUUAUAAGAAUCUUAAUUCCAGAUGGAUUAAUGACCUAAAUGUGAAACAAUUCAAACUUUGAAAAGAUAACUUAGAAAAAUAUUGUUUUGACUUUAAUAUAGAAAGAAACUUCUAAAAAAGACACAAAAGGCAAAGCCCAUAAAUCAAAAGAAUGAUGCACUUGACUACAUUAAAAUUUCAAAAUGUCUGUUUAAUGAAAAGGUCAGCUUGACUUUUCUGGUCCCCUUCUGUUGGGAGUGGGCCAUGUGACUAGUUCUAGCUAGUGGGUUGUGAGCAGCAGUGAUAUGUGCCACUUCCAGGCUGAAUUAUUAGUAUUUGCCAGUGUGAGCCCUUCCAGAGAUCUCCUUUCCCUCUCCCAUGGUGACACAAAAUACUCUUGUUGAAAACAGCCUGGAUCCUGGAGUGAGGAAGCAGUCCCAGCCAACUAAUAGUGCACCUGUGAUCAAAAAAGAUACAUUUGCUACUUUAAAAAGCCUCAUUAAUGAACAGUAUCAUAAGCAAAAUGAAAGGGUAAGCCUCAGACUGGGAGAAAAAUAUUUGUAAAGGUAUAGCUAAUGAAGGAUUAAUAUGAAAACAAUUUAAAGAGUCACAAAUCAAUAAGGAAAACCUAAAUAACUCAAUAAAAAUAAAACACAGGCAGAAGGUAUGAUUGAGUAAUGAACUUAGGAGGAAACUUGAUAGGACGCUUAACUACCUAAACUCAGGGAAAUACAAAUUAAAGUAACAAGAAGAUACAAUUUGCAUCUGUAAGUUUGGUAAAAAUGUAAAAGUCCAUUUAUAGCAAGUGUUGGAAAGAAAUAAGAACUGUCAUCAUUGCUGGCUCAAAUAUAAAUUGGCAUAGACACUUUGGAGAAGAAUUUGUCAAUAUCUUGUAAAGAUGAAGAUGUAGGUGUAAAUGUAGUUUCUCCUUUAUGAAUUUGCUGUGGAGAAACUCUAGUACAACAGCAGACAAAGACAUAUACAAUGAUGACUGUCAAUGUCAUUGAUAUCUGGAAUAGAAAAUGUCAAAUAUUUACCAGUGGGAGAAUGGAAAAAUAAAUUUGAUAUAUUUACUUAAUUAAAAUGAAUGACUUGGAGUCACAUGUAUGAAUGCAUCUCAAAAUCAUAAUGUUGAGUGAGUAAAGCAAGUUGCAGAAUGACUUCAGGGCAUACCUUUUCCAAAAGUUUGAAAACAUGUAAAACAAUACUACAUAUUUGUUAUGGAGUAUAUUUUUGUUCAUCAAGUAUUCAUGCCUCCUCACACUACAUCUUUUGCAUCAUUUGGAAGAGUAUAUUUUCCCAGUCUAUUGAUGCCUUGGCCAUGAGAUUCACUUUGUCCAGUAGAAUAUUUGGGUAGAACUGAUAAUGUAAGAAUUCUGAGCCAAGGCCUUAAGAAGCAUCAUAUUUUUGUUUUGUUUCUUUGGGAGUUUCUGACCUCCACAAUGAGAAGCACAUGUCACUUGAGACUAUCCCUUCAGUUUCUAACUCAGAAUGAAAAUACAUGAAUCAUUGCUGCCCCAGCUGACAUAGAGACCUGGGAACAAGAGAGCAAACGCUUGUUGUUGUAUGAUACUAGGUUUGAAAUACAUGAAAAACUGAACUAUGCAAUGUUCAUAUGCCGGAACAUAUGUAAUGUAUGUGUAUGUAAUACAAACAGGAAUAAUAAACAGUAAAUAAUAAAAUAAUAAACAGUAAA